UGUUCAGCCUCAAGUAUUCUUAUCACUAGACAAGAUACUAUGGAAGGAACGAAGGCUCAAAUUAGACAAAAAGUUCAGAUCUCAAAUACGCGUAGACCACCAUCUAUUAUUUUAAAAGAUGCCAAAGUUGGUUGCUGUGGAGCAUCCGCCGUAUUUUCUCUCAAAGUCUCAAAGCCGAAAUACAUAAUUUAUAUAGACAUAUCUUCAACAGCUGUUAAGUUAGCAUGGGCACUAGUAGAAGAUAACAACUCUGUUCAAAAUUUCACCGAAUUUAAAGAAUGCCUUUAAGUAAUUUUUUCAUCCAAACGUAUACAUAUCAAAGGCCUGUGCUCAAAUUAACUAUGAGUUUAAAAAUUUUCAUGGAAGAAAAUUUUGAAGAUAUUUUAAACAUAGCAUUGGGACAUAAUGAAAAGCCCAUUAAAAAUAAGUGUAAUGUUUAUGCCAUGAAAAAAGCACAAGACGUAGAUCAAUUCAAAAAGAGGAUAAAACCAUACGUCUACAUGAAAAAUAAAUUUUCAGUCAUCGCGAGUGUAUUUUGGGACCCCCGAAAUCGACGAAUCAAAGAAAAGUACUUGUCUGCCGUACGAAGUGCUGGAUUGAAGGUCAACGGGUAUUUGGUCCGUUCAAAGCUGAAUCGUCAUUUUGCAAAGCCAAGCAAAGAAAGUAAGCUCUCCGUGGCUGAUAAAACACAUAUAUUCACUUGCCAAGCAAAAUACAUCCGACUCUUUCUCAUGAUGUACGUCGGCUACGUUAAAAAAUUGGUCAAUCUUAAAUUAAACACAAUUUUUCGAAAUGAUUGUAACAGUAAAAAUACAGCGUAUAUUGCAACGCUGGAUAAAGCAUGGAUGGAUAGUGACCUUAUAUUGAACAAUAACCCCAAAGAACUUCUCAUAGAGAGCGGUAUUUUACCCGAGUUUGGUGAUAACAAAAUGGCAAGAUUCGUUGUUCGUGGAGAAGGAAUUUUGCCCGCUAUUCAACAGAAACUGUGCUUGGAAUUGUGUCUGCAGUCUUACUUUGUUGUGGCCCAAAUACAUCCAACACACCUGCAGGUCACUUUACAUCAAGUUGUCAAGAUUAGCUCUUCAAAAGGGAAUGAAUCUACAAUUAUUAUCAAAGACAAAAAGUUCGAAAUGAGAAAUAUAAUCGACUUAAUAUCUAUAAAUAUCUGGAAGCAUAUGAGAGCAUGUGGAAAAAUUGAGCACAGUAAUUCUGAUACGGAUAAAAUGUGCCUGUCUUCCGAUUUAAAUUCACUGCAAACAUAUAAUGAUGUUUUGAAAAGCUUGAAGUUAUAUGUAUCAGAAUGCUUUGAGCCACGCCAAGCUAGUUUAAAUAUGGAUAAGAUACAACAAAUCAAAUUAAGCCGUACUUGUGAUUGCACUUUCGAUUUAUCUCUACGAACCACUAUUGAAGUAGGUUUAAAACCUGUCGUAGAGGGUAUUACAGAUACAAUUGCAGCCUCCUUGACAAAUGACGACUUAUUUGGAAAUUACGUAGUAGAUUAUCUGUUUAUUUUAACCGAACUCUUUCCUUUUGUGUACGAUUGUCCAAAUUAUACGGCUUUCACAAGGAUUUUGAAAGAAGCUAUGGAUUCUAGUAUUCAAUCAAAAGAAAAAGAUACACCGGCGUAUGUUCUAGAAGAAUCGCUAUGCCAGCUUAUGCAGCCUGCUAUAGAUCAGCAACCUUACAUGUAUGACAGCUUUAUAACAGGUAACCUGCAACAGGUGUCAAGUGAAACAUAUGCUUUGGUCAUAGGGGAAAGAAUGUCCAAGUUUUUUCUGUCGUGCAAAACCCAGAAUGAUAAGGAGACAAUCAAAAUAAGCGAUGUCGGCUCCGCAAUAGUGGUACUUAAGAAGGGACAAUUCAUACCCGAUACAGGACUUAUAACAAAGUUUGACAUCGGGCACCGAAUAAAAACUAUGGAAGGGUUGAUAACAAUGGAGGAUUGUAUAGACUUACAAUUAGUGAGACUAACACAUUCGGUUACUACAAAAUUGGAAGGAAUUAUAUCCUCGAAUGACUUUUCAUAUGAUAUGCUGUCAACCUUCGAAUUUGGCUACGACCGAAAUUAUGACGCGCCUCUUCGUUUAGAAAUUAAGCCAAUUAAUCACAGUACAUCACUUCAAUUUACAUUGCGAUUUACCGGUGAGCAUGACGAAGAAAAAGAGACCGCCCCCGAUACAAUUUUAGAGCAACAUUUGACACUCUCCUAUUGUUGAAGGUUGUAAUAAUAAAUUUUCUGUUAACAGUUUAUCUUGGUUUUGCAUCUAAAUAGUACUAAAAAUUUAUUAAUCAGAAAUAUAUCGUUAUUCUAUUUAUUUAUAAAAAAAAACGAGACUUUUAAAGCCUUAUCCCUGGCUUUAAUAUCAAGUUAUUUCUGCAACAGCCGCCACCUGUUGAUAGCGGAACUUCGUUUAUUUCAUUUUUGAACGUGAAAGUUCCUCCUAUGUUGUUCAUUCCCAGAAGCCAUAUGUAAUCCGACUAUCAGCAAAGCACUGCUUGAUUGAUAUCCUCUGUUUCUACUUUGGAAAC